AAUGGCGCCGCGGCCGGGGAGGCGCCAAGCGGCGCCCGCGGGGCGUGAAUAAAGGGCUGCGGGCGGGGCGGCGGCGCUCCGGUAGGCUCGGGGCCGGCGGCGGAGCCGGGUGAGCGGGGCCGGCGGCGGGGGGAGGCGGGAGGCCGGGCCGCGGCCGGGCGGCUCGGCCCGCCAUGAACAAGGCACAGCUGACGCGGACGGGGAUCCUGCGGAUGGCGCUGGGCGGCGGCUCCGCCGACCCGCUGCUGCCGGCGGAGGGCGGCGGGGGCCGGCGGGCGCCCUUCCUGCUGCGGGCGCUCCGCAUCGCCGUAGUGGUCUGUCUCUACUGGUUCACCUCCAUCGCCAUGGUCUUCCUCAACAAGUACCUGCUGGACAGCCCCUCACUGCGCCUCGACGCCCCCCUCUUCGUCACCUUCUUCCAGUGCGCCCUGACGGCCGCCCUCUGUUUCGGCCUCAGCUUGGGGGCGGCCUGCGGGCCCCCCUGCUCCGGCCUGCCCACCCUCCGCCUCGACCCCAAGGUGUCCCGCAGCGUCCUGCCCCUCUCCGCCGUCUUCAUCGGCAUGGUCACCUCCAACAACCUCUGCCUCAAGCACGUCGGCGUGGCCUUCUACAACGUGGGGCGCUCCCUCACCACCGUCUUCAACGUGCUGCUCUCCUACCUGCUCCUCAAGCAGACCACCUCCCUCUACGCCCUCCUGGCCUGCGGAGUCAUCAUAGGUGGCUUCUGGCUGGGUGUUGACCAGGAAGGAGCAGAGGGCACACUAUCAUGGACAGGUAUAUUCUUUGGGAUCCUAGCAAGCCUGUGUGUCUCUCUCAAUGCCAUCUACACCAAGAAGGUGCUGCCUGUGGUAGAUGGUAGCAUCUGGCGCCUGACCUUCUACAACAAUGUCAAUGCUUGUGUACUGUUCUUCCCCCUCAUGAUGCUGCUGGGCGAGUUCCGCACGCUCUACCACUUUGACAAACUGGGGAGCCCCAGUUUUUGGGGUGUGAUGACCCUGGGGGGAGUGUUUGGCUUUGCCAUUGGGUAUGUCACUGGACUUCAGAUUAAGUUCACCAGCCCACUCACCCACAAUGUGUCUGGGACAGCCAAGGCCUGUGCCCAAACAGUGCUGGCUGUUAUCUACUUUGAAGAAACAAAGAGCUUCCUGUGGUGGACAAGUAACUUGAUGGUUUUGGGGGGCUCCUUUGCCUACACAUGGGUGAAAGGACUGGAGAUGAGAAAGGUGCAAGAGGAUCCUAAUGUCAAAAGUGGUGAAAGAAAUGAGACUGGUGUGUAGGAAGCUCCUACACUUCCAUUUCUGUGCCUGGGGGGAUAACCUUUGGUGCUCAUUGCCUCCUGGGGAGAAGAAGAGCAAGGAUCAGGAAAAAAUUCACCUGCAAAGUGUAUGGGGAACUGUGUCAGGAACCAGAGCCAAAGACCUGACUGGAUCAUGUUUUAUCUGUGGGAUCUCACACCUAUCAGAGUUGUGGAGAGCAUGUGUUGUAGAGAUCAACUGGGGUUUUUUGUGAUUGUUUUUUAAAAUGGAUGUUGCUAUUGUCCUAAUCUGGGAAAUUUGCAUCUCGGGGGGGGGUGGGGGUGGGUUCCUAGCAGACAAAGACUGGGGUGGGAGCUUUGUGUAGUUAGGGAUCUAGAAUUAGCUGAAUGAAUGCAGUCUGAAGUUAUAAAGUCCUGAACCUCCAGGUAAGGAAGAGGCAAGUAGCUAGACUGUUUGGGUUUGACUCCAGUAAACUGUUCUGCUGUAAAAGGUUUUUGCAACAGCUGUUCUUCCUGUUGCCCCAUUCAGUGCAGAGGGUGAAAAUUCCUUCCCUUCUGGCUAUUUACAAGUCUAAGCAACAGCCGUGCCUCCAAAUCUCCUUUCCAACGAGUCAGUAUCACAUCCUUCUGAGGUUUUUUCUGUGUUGCUCUGCAUCUGAUAUCUCAGUCCAGGGAAGCAUGCUAAGACUCAGGAAUUAAACUUCUCAUUCCCUCUGCAGUGUGUCCCCUGAGGGAGAGCAGGCUCACUCCAGUGGACUUUCUCAUGGAGGAGUGAGUUUGGCUUCUGUGUCUCUCUGUGAGAGGCAGGAGGGGAAAAGUUACUCUGAAGCACUUGCUGCUCUAGAGUGGGGAUCCCACUUCAGAGAGUUCACAAUACUUCUCUUUACCCUCUGUGUAAGGGGUAAGUUUGUGUUUGAAAAUGAGUUACUAUUUAGACGUGUUUCAAGAGACUUGUUCCGUAUAUAGUUUGCAUCUCCUCUG